CACCACUUAUCUCGCAGGACCCCGAACUCGACGCGUCUCGACCAUGUAGUGGCCACAGCGCUACAGUGUUUGUGUGCUUUUGUGAACUUCACAGACUGGCGAUCACGUCGUCUCCCUUUUCCAUUCCGCCGUCCGAGAAUCAGUUCACGGAGGAGGUGUCUCGUAGUUACUUGAACUGUGUCUCAGAACAGCUAGCGGCCGCUGGACGUUGUGGUUUCCUGGCGAGUGCCCCCAAGAUGGCGCCGUGGCCCGGGAGGUAGCGUCUACUUCCCUCGGGGCCUCGGACAUCCCCUAGCGGGCAACCGCAAGCAUGGAGCAGUUCGAACAGCUGCUUACAUGCGCCAUUUGCCUGGACCGAUACCGUAACCCGAAACUACUGCCAUGUCAGCACUCGUUCUGCAUGGAGCCGUGCAUGGACGGCCUGGUCGACUAUGUCCGGCGCCAGGUGAAAUGUCCGGAAUGCCGGGCGGAACACCGCAUCCCGUACCAGGGCGUGCAGGGCUACCCGACCAACGUCACCCUGCAGCGCUUCCUGGAGCUGCACAUCGAGAUCACGGGAGAGCUGCCGGACCCCACCAGCGGCCAGAUCAUGGAGCGCUGCUCCGUCUGCUCGGAGAAGUCCUAUUGUUCGCUCUGCGUCCACUGCGACAAGAAGGUCUGUGCCGACUGCAAGGGCGCCCACAUGGACAUCCUACGCCGCGAGAUCACCCGCAUCAACAACCAGGUGCGGAGAGGGAUUCACCGAUUACAAGACGCCCUAUCCCUCGUGGAGAAGAAUCAGAUCACACUGCUCAAUAACUGCACGUCGGUAACAGAAGAAAUAGAUGAGAUCUACCGCCGGCUGAUGAAGGCGCUGAAGGACCGAACCGAGUCGCUGCGGUCAGAAAUCGAGCGCUACCAGAGCACGGAGCAGCGCAACCUGCGCACCCUCAAGGACAACCUGGAGCAGGAGCUCUCCAACAUCCAGAGCAACUGCGAGCUCGCCGACAAGCACAUGAACGACAACGUCGACUGGGACGACUGCGAGCUCAUGGACGCCAAGGAGAUCUUCCUCAAGACGGUCGAGUUCAUCCGCAAUUUCGAGUACGAGAACGUCGACUACACGCGCAGGGUACGCUUCUCGAUGGCGACGGACCCGAACCAGCUGGUGCUGCACGUGGCGAACUACGGAGACCUGACCAUCGCGUCACCCUACCCGAGCAUGGCCGCCCCGGGCGUGGGGGGCAGUGGCGGCGGCGGAGGCGGGCUGUUGCAGCCGCCGGCCGCAGGCCCGGGUCUGAUGCGGUCCAAGAGCGACCACCGGCUGGCGUCGCAGUUCCGCCAGGAGGAGCGCGGCGGCUACUUCGAUGGGGAGGGAGGCGGGCCGUCGGCAGGUGGCCGCGCGUCGCCUCUCGGCGGUCGCAAGUUCGGCGAGCGCUACAGCAGCCGCGGCUACGGCGGCGGCGAAUCUUCGAGGUACGGCCGUGGCGGCGACGAUUACAACCGUGGCGGCGGCGGUGGCGACUACGAGUACGACGAGGGCGGCGGCAGCGGGGGGCGCGCCAGUCGGCGCUACCGCUCGCGGCUGGCGUCGCGGCACCUCGGCGGCGGCGACGGCGACUCUGACAACGACGCCGUCGGCGUGGGCGGCCGCUCCGUGCGCUUCUCCGGCGACUGCGGGGGCGGCGGCGGCGGCGGUGGCGGAGGGCCGUCGCACCACGGCAAGGAGCGGGAGCGCGUGCUCGACACGGAGGACGCGUCCCGCGGCCCGCUCAGCGGCAUCACGCGCCUGCUCGACUCGCCGCGCGUCAUGAAGCGGCUGCAGGAGUCCGAGCAGCGCGGCAAGAAGCGCGACAAGGAGCCGGCGCCGGCGCCCGCGCCGCAGGCGGCGCCCAAGGCGGCCAGCGCGCCCGCCAGGAGGGCGCCCGCCUCGCGGCAGGUCAGCGAGGACGACGAGAUAUCCAAGAUCAAGAAGCAGAACAAGGCGUCCGGCAGCGGCGGCGAGGCGGCGGCCACCACGGCCGCCGACACCACCACCACCACCACCACGACGGCGUCGUCGAGGCCACAGUCGGAGCGUGUUGCGGCGCUCAAGCAGCAGCGCAGCACCGACGCCGGCAGCGAGGAUUCCUCCUCGGCCGACCAGGCGCGCAGGACGCCGCCCGCCACCGUGCAAGAGGUUGCGACCAGCGACGGAGAAUCGGACGACACGUCUUCGGCCGCAGGCGCCAACACGACGACCACGUCGGCUCAGCGCAAGACUUCCACGGGAACGGCGACCGGGGCUGGGCGCAGGACGUCCGACGCCGGUACUAAGAAGCCGGCGGUGCGGUCGGCGAGUUCGGAAUCCAGCACGUCUUCCGAGUCGUCUUCCAGCGCCGCUGCCUCCCCCGUGCGCACCACGGCGCCAGCGAGCACCGCCGCCCCUGCCGGAGCAGACAGUAGCGGCACUUCGACGGCGCGAGGCCGCGGCGCCUCUGGCGGUUUCCAGAGCCGUUUCCUCGCCAACCGCCAGCAAGCGGCUGCCGCCGCGGCUGCAGCAGCGUCCUCCACGAAGGAGGAGGACGAGGACGAAGAGGAGACGGAGACCAGCUCCGACUCGGAAGAGACCGAAUCCGAAGAAGAGUCGGAGGACGAGGCGGCGAAGAAGAAAACAGCGGAACCCGCGUCUGCGUCAUCGUCGUCGACGCGCGCUGUCGACCGCACAGACAUCGGACCGCUGCUGGCCCGCAGUGCGAACGCGCGGGACACGUCGGACGCCCCCGCUACUUCGUCGAGGAGGAGGGACAGCCGCGACGAAGGCGGCUCGUCCACCGCCGGCUACCGGCGCUACAGUACCGACGCGUCGUCCACUCCCAGCUACCGAUACGGCGCCAACAAGGACAAGGAUAAAGAGGAGACGGGCAGCAAGUACCUGAGUCGCAGCAGGGCCGCGCAGCAAGAAGACGACACGCCGUCCUCCCGGUACGGCAGCAGCGGCUACACCAGCCGAUUCCUCAACAAGAGCAAGAGCUCGGCGGCGCUCUCGCCCGAGGAGGACUCCGACUCGCGCAAGUACGGCGCCGGCAGCAGCAGCACCACCACCUCCGCGGCAGCUGGCGCCGACGAUUCCUCCAGCAGGUACCCCAGUGGGCGGUCGCGCUACGCCGCGCUCAAGGACCGGCGGUCGCGGCUCGCGCGCAGCCGCAGCUCGCACAACUUCGGCGGCGACGACCAGGACGAGCAGGACGACAGCCCCUCGUCGCCGACGUCGUCCGGCAUGCCCGCCUCCUACCUGCCGUCGCGCUACGCAGCCGGCUCGUCCACAGCUGACCUGGCGCGCAGCCGUUCCACCCACGCGCUCAAGUCACGCGAGAACUCGCCCGAACGGCCGAGCGCCUCCGGCUCUGGCGCCUCAGGGUCCGGUGAGAAGGAUGGCGCGGCACUCAGCUCGUGGGCGCGCUACCUGAAGAACAAGUAUGGCAACCGCGGCAAGGACGGCAAGGAUGGCGCCUCCGGCAGCGGAUCCUCUCUGGCCUCUGGCGCCGGAUCCUCCACGUCGGCGUCCCGACGCCUCUCCCUCGGCCUGCCACUCCGACACAAUUCGGCCAGCAUUGAAAGCUCUGACGACGAUCAAAAAAACCCGGCAGGCUCCCCCACUUCCCCUACAGCAGCAGGUUUCGCAGCGGCGGCAGGUACCUCCCCUAGGAGCCAGUACCUGCAGAAACGCCGCCAGCUGUUUAAGAUCGGAAGUCGGGGGAGCGAGCCCGGAAACUUCACGUGGCCUCGCGGCAUUGCCGUCGGCCCGGACAACAGUAUCGUCGUAGCAGACUCGAGCAACCACCGCGUACAGGUCUUCGACGCCAAUGGAACUUUCGUCAAGGAGUUUGGCAGCUACGGCAGCGGUGAGGGCGAAUUCGAUUGCCUCGCCGGAGUCGCUGUCAACCGUAUCGGCCAGUUCAUCAUCGCAGACAGAUACAACCAUCGCAUCCAGGUGAUGGAUCCAGCGGGACGUUUCCUUCGUGCCUUUGGAAGCCAAGGAUCUUCAGAUGGCCGUUUCAAUUAUCCUUGGGGAGUUACUACUGACGCCCUGGGUUUCAUCUAUGUCUGUGAUAAGGAGAACCAUCGUGUGCAGGUGUUCCAGUCAGAUGGUACAUUUGUAGGAAAGUUUGGAUCUAUUGGCAAUAAACCUGGACAACUGGAGCAUCCACAUUAUAUUGCUGUAUCCAACACUAAUCGUGUUAUUGUCAGUGAUUCAAACAAUCAUCGUGUACAAAUAUUUGAUGUCAAUGGAAAAGUGGUGACUUCAUUUGGAAAUGAAGGUUCUGAAGAUGGACAGUUCAAGUUCCCAAGGAAUGCAAAAAGGGCCAAGUCAUCUCGGCCAAGAGGCAGUCAUCACAGUCACCGUGCAAUUACAACUAAGUCCACUAAACCUGUAACCUCCAAUACUUCUGUAAUUUCUACAUCUGCCCCCUCCACAAUUGCCAUUAAACAGGUACACCCUACUACUGAGGGGCGUCGCAGUGGACGACCAGGGUUACAUCUUCGUGGCGGACUCAGGCAACAACCGCAUCCAAAUUUUCAACCCAGACGGCACAUUCCUGAGAGCAUUCGGCUGUUGGGGAUCAGGGGACGGGGAGUUCAAAGGACUGGAGGGUAUAGCAGUUACAUCCAACGGCAACAUCCUGGUGUGCGAUCGAGAGAACCAUCGCAUACAGGUGUUCUAAACUCAGCAGCUAAUAAAAGGCUGAAUUUCAACACUGCAGGACAUAUAAGAGAAUAUGGGCCAGUACGAAGAGCUUCCUUGCCAAUCAUCAAAGAUAGAUUUUUGGCUUCACCAGUGUCGCUAACAUAUGUAUAAUUUAAAAUGCAUUUUGUUGGUUUUUUACGUAAAGCUAAAAAAUCACCAUGUAAUUUAAUAGUACAUGAUUUCCAAAAAUAUGGAUAAAUGUUUUCAGUUGUAAUGAUUUGUUUUACCCCAUAGCAAAUGCAUUGAAUAAAUGCAUAAGUCCUCCAUUUACUUUCACAAACUGCUUGGUAGAAAUACUGUGACAUGACCAUUUUAAACACUGCAUUUUUGUUAGUGGACUAUUAGUAAUGUUAUUGAAGCUAGACUAAUGCAUUACCUUCAUUUUGAUACAGCAAAUGCUACUUAAUUUUUCAAAGGAUCCAAGAGUUAACAUAAUUGAAAUUUGCACUUUUUCACAUUGGAAUUCAUUAAUAGAGGCAAUUUAAUGGCUAUGUUACAAUAUAAGUUGAUCAGAUUUGCCAUGCAAAUUUGAUUUAAUCUCAGUUUCAUAUUGUAACACCUCCAUUUGUUCCUGCCCUCAAAAUAUAUUUUAUAAAAUUGAGCAAUUUCCAUUAGUUACCAAAAUUGUUGAUAUUUUGAUGUCCAGAUGUUUUUUGUAGUCUCUUGCCUUGUAGUAUUAGAAACUGCAGUUCCAGGGGAAAACUAUAAACAGUGUU